AUGGCGGUGCAGAAACUUGCUCAUGGUUGGCGAGCGCGCCGCAAGAAGGACGGCAAGACGUUCAACGGACCGCUACGCGCUACUGAAAUGGCCGCAAACGAAGAUGCGCGGCAAAAGGAGGAAGCAGCCAGUGAACGCUUGCAAGAAGUUUUUGAUCGACUAUCGGGCUCGCUUUCUGUUCCGGCCGUGACCCAUUAUGGUUCUAAUUGGCGUGCCCGAUUGAAAGUAAGCUACGAAAUUGUAUGUGGUCCGACACGGCAGUCCAAAGCGGCUGCCGAAGAGGACGCGCGCUUACUGCAGCAAGCGCAACAAAUUUCCACGGCAGAGGUGCAGAGCGUGGUCCAGCGGUUGCAGCAGGAUGCGCGUGCUGUGUUGCCUGUCACCAAAAAUGGUUCAGGGUGGCGCGCCCGUGUGCAGGUUGCGGAGACACAAGUUAAUGGUCCUACUAAGACUAGGCGGUCCAAGGCUGGUGUUGAAGUCGAUGCGACUCAACUGCAGGCUGCUGCAGAUCUCUGCCAAAGAGCUACAGUCUACUGCGUGCGAGAAAUGCCGCAGAUGAUUUCGACACGGAAGUGGUUUCGAAUGGUUUCGAAGAGCGUGCAGCUUUUGGUGUCAGCAUUUCAAGAUGCGUUAGCGCCGCUCAGCAAAGGCGCGUGGAUGGUGGAAUUGGGCUUUCACACCAGACUGGAUUAUGGCUCUCGGCCUGCAUGGACAAGUGGCUUGGAGCGCGGCACGGCCAUUGCUGGCCUGAAGAAUUUAGGGAACAGCUGCUGGCUCAAUGCCGUGCUGCAAUGUUUUCGGUGGACCCGCCCGCUGCACAAUGCUUUCACUGCUCGGUUGAUGGAAUGUGAAGAAUCGAUUCUGGGAGCGUUGGUCCAAGAUGUCCUAGAGAAACUUGCAAGCAACGACUGGGAUUACGUUGCUCCACUUGCUUUACUGAAUCAACUUUAUGCGACUUAUGAAGCAAGAUUUCGACCUGGUGAAAGCGCAAAUGCAGCAGAAGUUUGUCGUUUGCUGUUGGAACGGUGUAUCUACGGAAGUGAUAUUGUACAUUUGCUGUCUACAUCGAUUGCAAUGGCCCGGCGCGGCGUCACUCUCACGGAACUGACCCGUGAGCAUUUUGCUGCAUGCCGGCCGAGCAGUGAUGUUCUCAUUUUCGAAGUGGCGCCCGUCGAUGGCGGCCGGGUAAACUGGUCGCAGUUGUUGGUGGCGCCGCCCUUUGGUGAGGGCAACAACUACCUCUACACAGUUUCCGGCUUUGUGGCGCGUGAAACUGUCGCGCCUGUGGCUGAUGCUCCUGUGGUGCGUGCGGUGGAAGCGCCACCUGGCUCUGCGUCUGCGAGGACUGCUGGCUCGCGCCUUGGACGUUUUGCGGCGGCACUGCAACGCAAGCGUCGUGGAGUCGAUGUCCAGUUGGGUUUGAUUUGUGUUGGCGAAGUGGAAGCUAGUUUCGUGCGGGCUCUGGUGGCUUUCAAUGACAAGCAGCUGCCCAAUGAUGAAGCUCCAGCAAGACAACACAGCCAUCUCGGCGAUGCGGGUAAAGAGAUCCGUCGAUUGCCCGGCCGUGCGGGCGAAGCGCACUUGGUGGUCUUGGCCCACACGGAGGAAAAUGGCGAGGGGAGUGUGCUCUGGCAAGUGCCGGUCGAUGCACACCGUGUGGAAGGGGCCACACGAUUUCUGAUGCAGCUGUACCUGUCAGAGGUGAGUGCUCCACAGACCAUCACAUAUGACCAGGCAUGGACACCAAUGAAACGACUCGCCAGCGUCGUCGAGCAAACGCCGGGAAAGACAACGAUGGCGGAGGACGGGGCCUGA